UGUAUAUAUAACACACCAACUUUUCCUUUCCCCCCUGCAUCUCCCAAACAAUCUCAAAACACACACACACACACACACACACACACAACCAAAGGAAAAAAAAAAAAAAAAAGGCAAAACAACUUUGUUGUACCCACCCAUGGCUAUGUCUGCUGCCGCCUCCCAAUCUUUCCUCCUUAACAACACCAGCAAAUCCACCCACCCCACCCCCCUUACCCUCAAAUCCCCCACCCACCCCUCCACCUUCCCCACCAGCCCCUUAACCUCCCCAUACAAAUCCAUCUCCAUUACCUGCUCCUCCGCCGCCACAACCACCCCCACCCCCACCACCCUCCAAACCUCCACCUCCUCAGAUCGUGUCUUCAACUUCGCUGCCGGACCCGCUACCCUCCCUGAAAAUGUCCUCAAGAAAGCACAAGCUGACCUCGUUAACUGGCGUGGCUCAGGUAUGUCCGUCAUGGAAAUGAGCCACCGUGGCAAAGAAUUCCUUUCCAUUAUCCAGAAAGCUGAAUCAGAUCUGCGCACCCUUCUCAGUAUCCCUGAAGAAUACGCUGUUCUUUUCCUCCAAGGUGGCGCCACCACCCAAUUCGCCGCCAUUCCUCUCAACAUCUGCACUCCCAACGACGCCGUUGAUUACGUCGUCACCGGUUCGUGGGGUGACAAGGCUUACAAAGAAGCUGUCAAAUACUGCAAACCCAAUGUUAUAUGGAGUGGCAAAUCGGAGAAGUACACCAAGAUCCCCAAUUUCGAUGCGUUGGAACAAAACCCGGACGCAAGGUAUUUGCAUAUAUGCGCAAAUGAAACUAUUCAUGGCGUUGAAUUCAAGAAUUACCCAACACCCAUUGGUGAAAAAACCGUUCUUGUUGCUGAUAUGUCAUCCAAUUUCUGUUCAAAGCCCGUAGACGUUUCGAAAUUCGGUAUCAUCUAUGCUGGUGCACAGAAAAACGUUGGUCCAUCUGGGGUUACCAUAGUGAUAAUCAAGAAAGAUUUGAUUGGUAAUGCACAGGGGAGUACACCUGUAAUGUUGGAUUACAAGAUCCAUGCUGAGAACAAUUCGUUGUACAACACCCCCCCUUGUUAUGGGAUUUACAUGUGUGGGCUUGUGUUUGAGGACUUAUUGGAACAAGGUGGAUUGGGAGAAGUUGAGAAGAAGAACAAGAAGAAAGCUGAGAUUUUGUAUGAAGCAAUUGAUUCAAGCAAUGGAUUUUACAGGUGUCCAGUUGAGAAAUCGGUGAGGUCGUUGAUGAAUGUGCCAUUUACAUUGGCUAAACCAGAAUUGGAAGGUGAGUUUGUGAAGACAGCAGCUGGUGAGGAGAUGGUGCAGCUGAAAGGACAUAGGUCUGUUGGUGGAAUGAGAGCUUCAAUUUACAAUGCUAUGCCAUUGGCUGGUGUGGAAAAGUUGGUAGCUUUCAUGAAGGAAUUCCAAGCUAAGCAUGGUUGAAAUUAUCUUGUUUGUGGGUGGGUGGGUGGUUAUAUUUUUGUUUUAUUAUUGCUUUAAUAUUUGCAACCCUUUUAUAAUUUUCUUUUGGUGUCUUUGGUUUAUUUGGGUUAACAUUCAAAAUGGUGCUGAAUCUGUAAUAUGUGUUGGUCCUAUUGACUUUUGUCUACUUCUAGGGGCUUAUUAGAAAUAUGGGAACUUAUUAGUACUACUAUUAGAAGUUUAAUGGAAAAAAAUAUUUGAUUUUGUUGAGCA